AUGAUCAUCGUCAGGCGCACAAGUCUCAAGCACGUGCUUCUCACCAGCACCUACCACACCGCAGACUGCGAUACAGACCACUCACUGGUAAGCUCACUUGCUAUCUUCGGAAGAAAGACCUUCCGGAGCUGCGACUGGUUUGAUGCCAAGUCCACGGAGUUGACCCCCGUCAUUGAAGCGAAACGAGCCGCCCUUGCUGAAUACAGGCGUUCACCAAGCGAGAAGACUCUCCAAGCACUUAGAACAGCUCGGAGCAAGGUGCAGCAGACAGCAAGGAGAUGCGCCAACGAAUACUGGCAGGAGCUCAGUCACGACAUCCAGACUGCAGCAGAAACGGGAAACAUCAGAGAUAUGUACGAGGGCACCAAGAAAGCUCUAGGACCAACCCAGAGCAAGACAGCACCCCUCAAAUCCAGCAGCGGAGAAGUGAUCACCGACAAGGGGAAACAGAUGGAGAGAUGGGUGGAACAUUACUCGGAGCUGUACUCCAGAGAGAACAGUGUUGCCACCUCGGCACUUCACGCCAUCGAACCUCUACCCAUCAUGGAGGAGCUAGAUGCCGAACCAACGCUUGAAGAACUCAGCAAGGACAUCGACAGCUUGGCCUGCGGCAAAGCCCCCGGGAAUGACGGCAUCCCCCAAAACCUCAUCAAGCGCUGCAAGUCCACCCUCCUGCAGCCGCUACACGACACCAUCUGCCAGUGCUGGCGGGAGGGCGGCGUCCCACAAGACAUGAGAGAUGCCAAGAUCGUAACCCUUUAUAAGAACAAAGGGGACAGGAGCGAUUGUAACAACUACAGAGGCAUCUCCCUCCUAAACAUUGUGGGCAAAGCGUACGCCAGAGUCGUUCUAGUACGCCUCCAACAGCUAUCUGAACGUGUCUGCCCUGAGUUACAGUGUGGAUUCCGUGCAGAACGCUCUACAGUGGACAUGAACUUCUCCCUCCGCCAACUUCAGGAGGAGUACAAAGAACAACAGAAAUCCCUCUAUAUUGCCUUCAUAGACCUAACCAAGGCCUUCGACCACCUGGUAAGCCGGGACGGGCUGUUCAACAUCCUCCUGAAGAUCGGAUGCCCCCCGAGGCUACACAGCAUGAUCAGAUCCUUCCAUGACGACAUGAAGGCAACCAUCCAAUACGAGGGCAGCAUGUCCGACGCCUUUGACAUCAAAAGCGGCGUGAAACAAGGCUGUGUCCUUGCACCGACACACUUCGGCAUCCUUUUCUCCCUUCUCCUGAAACACGCUUUCGGGACCUCGACCGAAGGAGUGUACAUGCACACAAGAUCAGACGGCAACUUGCACAACAUCGCAAGACUCAGAGCAAAAAACAAGAUACGCAAGACCACCAUCAGAGAUAUGCUCUUCGCAGACGACGCAGCAGUCACCUCGCACUCUGAGCAAGACCUACAGCGCCUGAUGGACAGAUUAUCUCAAGCCUGCCGGGACUUUGGGCUGACCAUCAGUCUGAAGAAGACAAAUGUGCUGGGCCAGGAUGUGGAAACACCACCCGUCAUCACCAUCGACAACUGCCAGCUGAAAGUGGUCCACCAGUUCACCUACCUCGGCUCCACCAUCACCGACAACCUGUCUCUGGACGCCGAAAUCAACAAACGCAUCGGCAAAGCUGCAACGACACUGGGACGACUGACCACCCGCGUCUGGGAGAGCCCCAAGCUGACCACCACAACCAAGAUGGCAGUGUACAACGCCUGCACCAUCAGCACUCUCCUGUACGAGAGCGAAACAUGGACAACCUACGCCAAGCAUGAGCGGAAGCUGAACAGUUUCCACAUGCGCUGCCUCCGCCGCAUCCUUGGCAUCAGCUGGAGCGACAAGGUGCCCAACACUGAUGUCCUUGAGCGCGCCGGCCUCCCGACCAUGUACACGAUGCUCAGGCAACGCAGACUGCGCUGGAUCGGCCACGUGCGCCGUAUGGAGGAUGGUCGAAUCCCCAAGGACAUCCUUUACGGUGAACUUGCCUCUGGCAAAAGGCCUCGAGGCCGCCCACAACUACGAUACAAAGAUGUCUGCAAGCGUGACAUGAAGGCUCUGGACAUCGACACAGAGAGAUGGGAGGACAUUGCAGCUGACAGCAGCAGCUGGCGCAGCCUGCUCCACAAGCAGCUGAAGGAAGGCGAGGACAAGAUCACGAACCUGGCCGUCGAAAAAAGAGCCAAACGAAAGGAAAACAAACAAAGAAACCCUGCUGCAACCAGCCACAUCUGCUCCGUGUGCAGUAGAGACUGCCACUCCCGCAUAGGACUCACCAGCCACAAACGACGCUAA